AUGGGCAGCGACGUCAGUAAGAACAAGAAAGAGGGACCAACUGCCCCGCGUCGACUCAGUCAUGGUUUCCUCUCAAAUAUGGGGGUCUCCAUGGCUCACAGACUCGGGCACUCAGCAGUAUUUUCCCGGGCCGUGGGAUUGGACGACAGACUGCCUGCCCCCAGGCUAAUGUUGGCUCCGGAGGACAACGCUGGGACGUCAGACACGGACAGGACUCCUCCAGCUUAUGUCUCUGUCUUUCUGCCCGAGUUCCCACACCGCAAAUUUCCUGGACAAGAGCAUUUCCAGAUUCUGGGCCUCAUAGCUAAAGGAUCAUAUGGACCCAUCAUUAAAGUGAAGGACAUUUUUAAGGAAAAGACCUAUGCUGUUAAGGUUCUACCAAAGUCAGAGAUCUUGAAGCAUGGAGUGCUGGAGCAGUCAAAAGAGGAAGUCAUCAUUCAGCGGCAGCUCAAACACCCAUUUAUCCACAAUCUGCAGGACUGCUGGCAGACGCAGCGCAACCUCUUCAUUAUGUGCGACUACUGCGGCACUGGAGACUUGUACACUUACUGGUUACUGAAGGGCCAGUUUGGGGAGGAUGAGGUCCGCCUCUUUGCUGCAGAGCUGGGCAGUGCGCUGGGAUUCCUACAUGACAUGGGGAUCAUACAUAGAGAUAUAAAGAUGGAGAAUAUUCUUGUAAGUGAUCAAGGUCACCUUCGAUUAUCUGAUUUUGGGCUCUCACAUCGACUGAAACGAGGAGGACGAGCUUUUACAAUAUGUGGGACAAUCCAAUACAUGGCUCCUGAAGUUUUAAGUGGGGGUCCAUACAACCACGCUUCUGACUGGUGGUCUCUUGGCAUUAUGUUGUUCUCCCUGGUGACAGGAGAGUUUCCAGUGCCUGCAGAGCCAGACCACAGCACCAUGUUGAAGAAGGUCAGAGAGUUUCCUUAUGUCCUGCCCAACUCCUUCAGCUCUGCUCUGAUCUUACUGCUCACUGAGCUUUUGUGCAAGAAUCCAGUGAGCCGCCUGCGUAAUCUGGAGUGUUUCAAGAUGCAGGCCUUCUUUCGUGGCACCUCAUUUGACCCUCACAUCCUCCAAAAGACGCCUGUUGAAUUCAUCCUUGAGCUCAGGACUCAUCCUGAUUGGGCAGCCAAAGCAAGGAGAGGCCUUUCGUUGGACUACUUUGAUAACUUUGACUGUGAUAAAAUCCUUCAUUCUCCCACGACUCCGUCUGAACUGUCUCCUACCUUGGCCAACAUGGACCUGAGCCGAGCCACAGAGCAGACUUGUAAAGCUUAAGACUGGACUAUGUUUC